ACACAUACGUAACAAAUGCCAUAGCGUGUGGUUGUGUGGUAUACAACUUUAUACAUACAACUAGUGCGGUGCAAUACGUUUGUAUAAUGUAAGAUAAAUGGUAUUGAAAUAAAUUGUAAAUUGUUAAGAAACAUUUACGAAUAUAUAUACCUAUGCUUUGAUCCUUGGUAAAAAAAAUAUUGAAUGUAAAAGAUAGCGGAGUGACCAACUAGUUCAAUUAAAAGAACAACCACCUAGCACGAAUACGAACAGUACGACACGAUUAAAAACAAUAGAGAUAGAACUAACAACACUAGCAGAAACAACAAUAAUAACGUAAAAAGAAUUUUAUUACAGUGUAAAAGCCUUUUCCUGUGGCUUGGAAAAACAUGCGAAAUUGCAAAUUAUCUAAAUUUAAAUUGCAAUAAUAUUCUUUAGAAUAUAAGAAAUGUUCAUUUAUGUUUCCAACAGUUAGAAGUGGAUCAUUAAACAGUGAGCUUUUGCUCAUAAGUAGCUCACAUGUAAUGAGAGUCUUAGCAUGACUAUUCGAUAUAGCAUGCCGCUUUUUGGAAAUGGAAUACAAGAUAAUUACUAUUAUAUCAAAAGGGAUUCAAUCAGAUAAAGAAAGGGAUCAGUGCCAUUGCUGCUAUAAUUUCCCCAGCAAGGGUAAAUUGCCAUGGCAGAGAACUCAGACAUUGAAAAAUAUCCUUUACACAAGUGCAUAUUUCAAGGGGAUGUUAAAACUUUAAGUUCUUUAAUCAGAACCUACAAUAUUGCUGAAAAAGAUAAACAAGGAAACACACCAUUACAUUUGGCUGUUAUGUUAGGAAGGAAAGAAUCAGUCCAAUUGUUACUUGCACAUGGCGCACCUGUAAAAGUAAAGAAUUUGGCUGGAUGGAGUCCACUCGCGGAGGCAAUCAGUUAUGGAGAUAGACAAACCAUAUCAUCAUUGGUGCGAAAACUAAAACAGCAGGCUAGAGAACAAAUGGAAGAAAGAAGACCAAAUUUAGUUGCAACAUUGCGACAGAUGGGUGAUUUCUACAUGGAAUUAAAAUGGGACUUUCAAAGUUGGGUGCCACUUGUUUCUCGUGUACUUCCUUCUGAUGUUUGUAAGAUACACAAAAGUGGAGCAUCCAUUAGAAUGGAUACUACUUUGGUAGAUUUUAACGAUAUGAGAUGGGAAAGAGGUGACAUAUCCUUCAUUUUUAAUGGUGACCAAAAACCAAGCAAGUCAUUAACAGUACUUGACAACAGAGCUAAACUUUUUCAAAGAGAAACGGAAUUGGAAAUAGAAGAUGAAGUUGAUAUUCUUAUGUCAAGCGAUAUCAUGGCAGCACAAAUGUCAACAAAAGGUAUUACAUUUUCGAGAGCUCAGACAGGCUGGAUAUUUCGUGAAGACAAAAGGGAAAUGGUAGGACCUUUCCACGCCGAUUUUUAUCAAAUCAACGGAAUGGUUUUGGAAAGUAGAAAACGACGGGAACAUUUAAGCGAAGAAGAUCUGCAAAAGAAUAAAGCUAUUAUGGAAUCUUUAACGAAAGGAAAUUCCCAAGGAUUUGCAAACGGCGAGCCUCAUGUUAGAAAAGCUUCUCUAAAUCCACCACCAGAAUCAAACAUUACUUGGGAGGAAUAUAUCAUGGCUCCACCAGGAGCAUGUCCACUUUUAGGGAGAAAUCUUGUUUAUAAGGAGAGCAGUAAAUCAUUUAAAGCAACAGUCGCCAUGAGUCCGGAUUUUCCAUUGACAGUUGAUAUGCUACUCAAUGUUUUGGAAGUAAUUGCGCCAUUCAAGCACUUUAGCAAAUUGAGACAGUUUGUCCUUAUGAAAUUGCCACCUGGAUUUCCCGUAAAAAUUGAUAUACCUAUUUUACCAACAGUGACAACGAAAAUCACUUUUCAGGAAUUUGCAUUUCGCAAUGAUAUAGAUCCACAAUUAUUUCAAAUACCAUCAGACUAUUUUGAGGAUCCUAUGAGAUUUCCAGAUUUAUGACAACUUCACAUUUCAAAAACAACACAAGUCAAUUAUGAAAUUAAGAAGAAGUCCGUUUUCCCAUUGCAAAAGUAUUCUGCAUCUGAGUUUACUUGGACAUAUUGCUGCCAGAAUGGCCUCUCGAAAAGUUGCACAGUAUUCUUUGAAGAGAGAUUACUCUAAGUUUGAGUACUAAGAGUAACAAAUAUUUGUGUUGACGAGAGUCCAGAGUAAGUUUGAAAAGUGGUAUACUGUAUUUACAAAAUUGUAUGCUAAAUCCUAAAAAAGAAAGCAACCUAAUAAGUCUAUGCACGUGAAGAUACACGCUCUAUUCUGCUCACACAGAACAUCCGCGAAGUAUUCCUCCUUUCCACGAUUUUGAUAAAACUGCAGGUUUGUUGAAAGGGCAAAGAUAAGGAAUACGUAUGAAAACUCCGUUUUUGAAAAGCUGGACAAAUACAUAUCUUUUAUUACUCCACAAACCUGCAAAAUUGGUUGCAAAUCGAGAAAAGGCACUUCUAGAUAUUCUCUGUUAGUUCGUGAAGGGUUACAAUGCUGUGCACCUUGCUUUACCUCGACGAGCUUCAGUUUCAAGCUUUCCUUUUUUUUGCAUUUAGCAAUUACCAUUUGAAAAGUAUUUUAUUCGCGAGACAGAAAUACUCGCAGUAUUUAUUUAUAAACAGAGAAAGAUCUCUGUCUCUUUCAAAGAGGUUACCUUCAAUUAAUAGAAAGUGUGAGAGGUGUUUGUUACAAAUAAAUUUUUUUUGAAAAUAAUAACCAAA